CACGAUUAAGCUCUUGUGACCUACCUACCCCUCCACCCAAGGGGCAACGGACCCAAUUCUACCGGCUAUUGCUCAUAUCACCCCCAUCUAACACAGUCGACCCACGCCCAGAGCGCACAUCAUCGCUCUCAUCUUGCAUGAUGUUCCAUAAUCCGAAAACACAAGAAGUGAACAGAUUCUCUGUAGAACUCUGCCAGGCUCGAGUCCUGCCUAGAACACAUACUCUCCCGUCGACUGUCCAUCACUCGGGCUGCUCCGGACAUUCAAUCAGUCCAGAGCUAGAACCAGGCCCCUCCCGUGGCAGCUCAGAGUAUGCUGCGGGGAAUGAAGUGUCUCUGCAACUGUAUGCGAGCACGAUUCUCUCGAAAGCAUCCGUUUACGAGCCGAUUGGAGCGAGCUUUCUCAACUGUCCGCAUCCCAUCGAAGCAGAGGUCCUCUGAAAUUCGAAGCAGACCCAAUUUCUCAUAUAAGCGCAUUCAUCGAGUGUGCGAUGGAUCGCCUUACUCAACAUGAGCUCGUCUCAAAUACCAGCACUGACAUCGAACGAGCUUGAGCAGCUCUUCGUCCUCAUCAGUGAUGCUCAGCUCACCAAUCAUCUCGCAGAUCGAACUCGUCUGGAAAAGUCGGUGGAAUUUGUCAAGUAUAUUCUACAUAUGGGUGCGUUUUUGACCUUUCCCACCAUCGACUCAAUCAAAGUUGAAGCGCAUCGAGAUUCGAUACUUCGGUCUGAUCGUAUUUGUGUAAAUCACGUCCUCCCUGACAUCUCAACCGAGCAAAUGGCUGACGGAAACUUCAGGCCGAAUCUUCUCAUGAUGCUUCGCCCGCCACAGUCGGACAAAGCUCAAUCAGUGACUUCGACGACGAUAGUGGUCUCCACCGAUGUGAUUCUUGCAUUACGCGUCUGGAUCCUUUUCGCGCGUCCAUCGCGAAUGAUUGGCUUCUUCGUGGGGUUAAUUGUCGCGGAAUUUGCUGCUCUCUUGGUUGUCGGUGUCUACACUAUCAGAGACCUUGGCGUGUUUAUCCAGAUCGAGUGGGUGGCUUUCAGUUUGGCGCGUUUGAUGUCCGAAAGAUUGACUGCUUUCAAGUCCAUUGCAUGGAUGCUAUACUGUCAUAGUCCCGCGAACGCUCGCAUACUAUGCCCUCCCCCCCUUCAUCGUCGUGAGUUUGAGCCGCUGUUGAUCCUUGGCAUGCAUUUCACACUAUGCGGAAAGUCUUCCUGUAUGUUCGCAAUGACGCUUUACAAGUGCCGCGACACGGCGAUGUCACCGGGUCUCAUCAAGACACCCGUCAUACAGAUAUUCCUCAGAGACGGGAGUUAUUGGUUUCUGGCCGUGCUGCUUUUGUCGUUGUCUGAACUGCUCAUCUGGCAUAACGCACGCCCCAGUCUCGCCCAGAUUCCGAUUGUCCCGGGAACGGCGUGCAUUGCAAUUAUCGGUGCCCGCGUUGUUCUCAACAUCAAGAACCUAGCCCGGACCAACAACGGGAGGGACUCGAGUCAAACUUUGACACAGACGUCGGUCAUGUGGUAUCAUCCGAGGAUGCCGACCCGCCCGAAGAUCGAGACCACGCCUUGGUAUCUCAGGACGAAUUGAGGAAGUCGCCGAUUUAUUCACGGGGCACAUUAAUGUCCGACGUAGAGUCAGGUGAUGGUUCGGAAUUUAUACCUAAAACUAAGAGUUAAGUCAAGUGUAACAAGAGGCAACAAGCUGGUAACGAGAAAAUAGAGCAAUGUCAUUGGCGAAACGUGACAGGCCCGACGGGAGAGAGUGAUGCGAGCGGCCACGGGUGGUUCCCAUGGCAUGUGGGCGGCCCGCAGGCCCAAAGAUUGGCCAAUUAGCAUGACCUCAAGCGAGGGUGACGAGUGGAAUCUCUCCGUUCACUCUCUUCACACGGGUGCCGGCUUGGCUAUUAUACUUGAGGUCUGCGUGUCUAUUCUUACCUCGUGCGCAGUCUGACCACCGGCGAGUUUGGCGAGCAGGAUCCCCU